CUUCUUCCUUUCUACGCCAGGAAAAAGACAGUGCCGCUGCCGCCGCCGCUGCCGCCGCCGCCUUUAUAAAAAAAAAUUGAGAUUCCGGCCUCCGAGCGUAUACACUGGUCCCGCCGGAUAUAAAUCACUAAAUCCUCCCUAUUUGAAGGGCCCAUUAUCCAGGUUCUUUGGUCUCAUAUUAUCAUCAUACUUUAUAGAAGCUUUGGGCUAUAGUGUUAUAUUAGUCUUCUGAGUUCUUAUUCUUUCGAUACUAUAUGAUUUCCCAUUCAUCAGACUUAGCUACUUGGCUGUCAAAAUUCAAUUUUUCAAUGUUAGUUCAUUGAUUAAGUGCCAAUUGAAAGGAACAACAUUCGUGUUAUUUCCUGUGAUGGAUUUUUCCCUUUCAUAGACUGCUUAUUUUAUAUGUUAGCUCUCCUCUUUUAAUCAUAUUUGUGGUUAGCGGAAUCAUCAAUUUAGCAUUGCGCUAAAUUUCUUUUUGCUUGUUCACUAUCAAUAUUCAUUUCUUAAUGUUAGUUUAGUGGUGAGGAUUACUUAGCAGAAAUAGUAUUCAUCAUCUCCAUUGAUGGUAGACAUCAACUGCAUAACCAAGUUCAUCCUUGAAGCGAACCCGCAAAAUUUAACCAAAAAUCUCCCUGCAUUAGCUCAGUGGACCCCGGAAAUUGUCCACAAAAUUCUCAAACGCCUGUGGAAUCAUGGUCCAAAGGCCCUAGAAUUCUUCAAAAUCCUUGAUGCUCAUCAUUCUUAUAGUCACUCUGCUACUGCUUUUGACUAUACCAUCGACAUUGCUGGGAGAAUGCGUGAUUACAAGACCCUAUGGACUCUCGUGGACCAAAUGAAGGCCAGAAACCUCGGACCUAGCCCAAAAACCUUUGCCAUCAUCUUAGAACGGUAUGUAUCUUCUGGCAAAGCUGAUAAAGCCACUGACAUUUUCUUGUCCAUGCACCAACAUGGCUGUCCUCAGGAUUUGAAUUCAUUUAAUGCUUUCCUUGAUGUGCUUUGUAAGGCGAAAAGGGCCGAAAAGGCUUACAAUCUUUUGAAGUUAUUCGGGGGGAGAUUUAGGUCUGAUGUCUUUAGUUAUAACAUCGUCACAAGUGGGUUCUGUUUGAUUAAACGUACUCCAAAGGCAUUGAAUAUAUUGAAGGAAAUGGUGGAGAAGAGAGGGUUGGAGCCGAAUGUGAUGACUUAUAACAUAAUGCUUAACGGAUUCUUUAGAGCUGGCCAAAUUAAAGAAGCUUGGAAGUUUUUCUUGCAAAUGAAGAGACGGAAAUGUGAGAUUGAUGUGGUCACAUAUACAACAAUGGUCCAUGGAUUUGGUGUUGCAGGCGAUGUUGAGAAAUCCCAGGCGCUGUUUGAUGAAAUGGUCCAGAAUGGAGUACUUCCUUCAGUUGCGACGUAUAAUGCUCUUAUACAAGUUUUAUGCAAGAAAGAUAAUGUGGAAAAUGCUCUUUCAGCGCUUGACCAAAUGAUGAGGAAGGGUUAUGUGCCCAAUAUAACAACAUUCAAUGUGGUUAUUAGAGGUUUAUGUCAUGCUGGGAUGAUGGGAAGGGCAGUGGAAUAUAUCGAUAGGAUGGAAGAUAGUGAAUGUGAACCGAAUGUUCAGACAUACAAUCUUGUCAUCCGGUACUAUUGCAAUGCUGGAGACAUAGACAAGGCGUUGGAAUUCUUUGGGAAAAUGGGUAGGGAACUCUGCCUACCGAACUUAGAUACCUAUAACAUCCUGAUUAGUGCAAUGUUUGUCAGGAAGAGAUCAGAUGAUUUAGUUGUGGCAGCUAAGUUGUUGAUUGAAAUGACAGAAAGAGGAUUCCUGCCUCGUAAAUUUAAUUUCAACCGUGUUCUAAAUGGCCUUUUGUUAACCGGGAAUCAAGAGUUUGCAAGAGAGAUUUUGAGGCUACAGAGCAGAUUUGGCCGGGUUCCUCGUCAUUUUAGGCUAUGAUUGUCCCAUUGCCUCCAACUAUGGUCAGCCAAAUUUGCACGUCCAACGGCUUUGAGUCAGCUAGGGCCACACAUUUGGCAAUUUGGCUUCUGAUUCAAUUUGCAUAAUCUGUUUGAUGGUUUAAUUUUGGUUCCACUAGUUAACCCAGCGAAUUGUUGGAAGAAAUUGAGGAGAAACUACUGCAUUGGUUGCAAAAUUUACAAUACAUCAGUUUGAUUGAUGCCUGCUUUCAUGUCUCGUAGCACAUAAAAUCAAUGUAACACCGAAGGUUGGUUUUCGUGUUGCUGAACCGCACCAGGUCUUAUAUUUAGUUUUAUAUGACAUUAGUUGAUGAAGACCGCACAGAAAAUGCUGCUAAUUUGUCGUGAUCUGUGUGAUAAUUAGCAGCAUUUUAUAAUCAAUCUUCCAUAUUACAAGCUUGGAAUCGCUUCAGUCUCUCGGCUGGUAUCCACCCUGCACAUGCAAUUCCAGCCACUUCUAUACGGCUAUGGUAUCCAUAUUAUCCAUCUGAAGGAGCCUAAUGAGGAAGGAAAUGGAUCAUACGUAUUUACCUGCCACGGAUCAAGUUCGGACCCCAUUCUGAAGUCAUUUUCAGGAAUUUGGUGGACCACGAAUCCGUUAUAUCUAAACAAGUAAAGGGUUCUUCAACCGGACUCAGGGAUUUUGUUGAUCUGAUGUGCGGCCUGCUACAAUCAGAAAAGGAUGUGAAGCUGUUGAAGGAAGCAACAAUCAUAGAUUCGAAACUGCCUGCUGUAGAAAUAGUUCGCAUCUGCAAAGGGGUCAGGGGAUGAUGAUAAGUUUGUUCAUCAUGACUCUGUGGUCUGGAAAGUUGUACCGAUCGCAAACAGGGGAUGCAGCCAUGUGGGAUUCGUUGCGGCUAAACUGAAAUCAUUCAAGAAUAUAUUGUUUCAGGUGAUUGUCUGCAUCUUCCUGCGCUUACAAUUCUUCUGUGAACUCUACGAUUGCCGAGCCUGGCGAAAUUAUGGAUUGCCAUUGUUAUUAUUUGGAACUUGGAAGGGAUCUUUCCGGUGGAGAUUGCAACACCAAUUAAUUAUGAUUAUCACUUGUAUCAGUUGUCGGGAUUGAAUAAUCCUCAUGAUCGGCCUCAAGUACUCAUGAUACCGCCCAGAAAAUUGUUUCUUCAUUAAUUAAUACAGUAGUUUCCUGAAAGAAGAUGAGGAUGAUGAUGAUGGUACCAUUUGCUGGUCAAAGGUCUUCAUUGUUGCUAUUAGUGAUUUCCUUCUUUUUUGGUGUGUGUUUGUGCCUUUUUUUUUUUUUUUAAAGAUCAAAUCGAUGUUUGAUGUAGUGAUACUUAUUGGAGAACAUGAUUCCAUUAUUCAUUUCAUUAUUCGUUGUAUGGCCAGAAACCCGGACGAAACUGUUGCUUACGGGGCAGCUGUUCAGGCCGCAUUCUUGAGCGGCCAGUGCAAUGCCAAGGUUCAGGAGCUUGUACUUUUGGAAGAUACCCCAUAAUCCCUAAGAGUUCAAUUGAUAAGAGAAGACAUGGAUGUUGUGAUUCCGAGGAAUACUACCAUUCCGACCUGAAAAACAUCACUGGCGACUACUGGAUUGGACAACCAAUCUUCCAUAAGUUUUAAAGUGUUCGAAGGAGAGAGAGCGAGAUCAACCGACAACAAUCUGUUGGGUGAAUUCAGGCUCGCCAGCAUUCAAAUAGCCCCAAGGGGAAUCCCUGAUAUCAAACUUAGCUUUGAUUUGCAAGGCAAUGGAAUUUUGAACGUCCAUGCGCAGGAUAAGAUCACAUUUGCAGAGAAGAGCAUCAGCCUCACCAGUGGAAGACUAUCAAGGGAGGAAAUAGAGAAGAUGGUAGAGGAAGCCAAGAAGUUCAAAGCCGAGGACCAAAAACUCAGAAACAAGUGUAAUGCAAAAAGCGACUUUGAAAAGUACUUUUGUCGGAUCAGGGAUAGAUUGAACACUGAUGAAACCAUGUCUUUUACGGACAGAAAGAAGGCUAAAGAUGCAAUUAAGAAGGCCUUUCAGUGGUUGGAUAAUUUGGAUGCUGCAAAAAUGCUUGCUGAAGUUCAUGAAUAUCAGGAGAAGAGGAAAGAACUCGUUCAUUCUCAUCUUGAAAUGAAAUUUGCAGAUUGCAAGAGCUAGCUUUAGAAUACUUCGUACUUAUUUUGAAUUUCCUGCUCAAAAUCUCAAGGCAAAUAUCACUUUAGAGAUUAAUUCAAUCUUGCGCGCUGCUUUGAACUGGUGGUAUUACCGGUUCAAUCUACACUAUUCAUGAUUAGCCACAUGUGGAUUAAACGGUUCAAUCAAUUAUUAUACCAAAGUGGAGUACUUAUAAACAUCAAUCAGUAUUUCUGAAGUCGAUAAUGUAUUAGGGUUCAGUAAUAUACAAGGAGGGUUCACUAC